AGGGUACAACGAUUUAGAAACUAUGCACAACCAUGUUCUCCACUCGGUCGUGUUCCUUCUUGGUCUCGUUUCCUUCAUCACAUGUUUUAUAGCCGAGUUCAAUAGAACAAAGAAAGAAGACGUUCGAUGGGACACAGAGAGGACCUGUUAUAUACCAAGAAGCCAUGCUUUUUGGCUCGGAACAGCCGCUGUUCUUUGCUUCUGUGUUGCUCAGAUCGUUGGAAACAUAGUUGUGUUCCGAAUUUACAGGACAGGAACCAAAAGAGAAGAUGGUUACAAGAUUACUAAUCUUACUUUACCAACUGUUCUUUUGAUUCUCUCCUGGUCGAAUUUUGUGGUCGUGGUUUUGAUUCUGAGUACUGCAAUAAGCAUGAGCCGACUGCAGCCUUUCGGAGAAGGAUGGCUUGAAGAAGAUUGUUACCUUGUCAAAGACGGUGUCUUUGCAGCGUCAGGUUGCUUAUCCAUCCUUGGACUAGGAGCCUUGACUAUAUCAGCCAAUAAGACCAAAGUAAAGAAGCAGCAACAACAACUUGAGGCAAUCAUAACCAAAGACCAAGACCAAACAAAACCAGAAGGAAGAAAGCAGAACCAUGAUGAUCACCAAAUGAACAAGUCAGAAACUGUCAUUUAUUUUGUGGAAGAAGCACCUUCCACUGCUGAUGACAGGAUAUAAAUAAAAAGAAGCAAAAAGAGAAUUUACUAUUAUUAAUAUUUACAAAGUUGUAUUUGAUGGAUAAUUAGUGCCUUUAUAUUGGAAAUGUUGAAUGGACACAACAACGCGCCAAGCACACUAAAUGUUGGUCACUUUAGGAUCCCAUAAAGAGUCAGUUUCAACUUGUGUUUAGUAAUUAUAUAUUAUGAUAUUUUCUUUACUUACCAAUCUAUAUGCCUUCCAAGUAGGAAGAUUUGGUCCCAAUCAUAACCCCACAAGCCACUAAUGACGGUCCACAUAACUCUGACUAAUCUAAGGUUAUACUUAUACAUAACAGCAUGCAUGGAUAAUGAAAGGAAGCCUUCACAUCUCUGGGAGAUGCAUUCACUCUGGACCAAUAUCUUAGUCAACCAAAGUUGACCUUUCCAAAUUUAAGUUUUUUUUGGGGUCAAGUUUAAGUUGAACCUAGAAAACAAGAGGGAACAGAGAAAACAAAUCAUGGAAGUAGACUAUAAAGACUUUACAUAUCUCUGAAGAAUUACCAGUGUUUUUAGAUAUUAAAAAAUUAACAACACUCUAAAAACUAUCAUAAAUAUCAGAAGGUAAGUUCAUUAGAUAAAAAUCACACAUGAACUUGUCAAUGAUAUAUAUGUGCCAGUGCCACGAUCAACGAUAUUCACCCAAAGGUUAUAAAUAUAUCCACCUCUAAAAUCGGAUGGUGGUGGCUGUAGUUGAUGAAGUUAUAUAUUCUUCACGGAUCUCGCGAUAGGGUCAGCCGGAAUGUAAGGUCUCCGAAUAGGAUGGAACUGACUGCGAGAUCAUGUAGAAGGAUCCUUCAAUAAUAUUAGCAGUUUGAACAUUUUUUCCUUCAAGUUUGAUAAUUUAUAUCAGUUGUAACAUCCCGAGUUGUAAUAUGAAAAGACUUAAGAAAAUUGAUUUGGUUACCUAUGUCACCAAAGUUGAUUUACAUUUUCCGUCACACAUGUGUUUAGAACUCUUAAAUUAAGUGUGUUUGGGCUGGAGUAGUGAAAUAAUGGGUGACCUAUUGGGAAGUAAUUCGCGAUAGUGUGCGAGUGAAGCCGAAACAGAAAAAAUAUAAUGUGGUGAUUGCAGAGUCAGUAAACAAGAUUUUCAGAUCUUUAGAAAAUUAACGCACUGCCCGUAAGACAUGAUGGGGCUCACGGGCCGAGUGAGCGGGUGUGACUAGCCCAUUAGCCAUAGGCGGUCGGGUAAUUACAAUGGUAUCAGAGCUGGUUAGCCAUCUCGGUUCUGACCCGAGAGGCGUCUUGAGACCUGUCAUGGGGCGCAACGAGGACGUUGCGUCCUUUGAGAGAGGUGAAUUGUAACAUCCCAAAUUGUGAUAUAUGGAAAGACUUAAGAGAAUUGAUUUGACUACCUAUGUCACUAAAAUUGACUUACCUUAGCUUUUCCGUCAUACAUCCGUUUAGAACUCCAGAAUUAAGCGUGCUUAGACUAGAGUAGUGAAAUGAUGGGUGACCUAUUGGAAAGUGAUUCACGAUAGCGUGCGAGUGAGGCCAAAGCACAGAGAAAGUUUAUGUGGUGAUUGCAAGGUCAGUAAACAAGACUUUCGGGCAUUCAGUAAAUUAACGCAAUGAGAUGGGAUCCACUGACCGAAUGAACGGGUGUGGGUGAUCCAUUAGCCGUGGGCGGUCAGAGCGUUACAGUAUUUUGACCGAUCACAUGUCAUAAGUGAUCGGUCAAAAUACUGUAACGCUCCGACCGCCCACGGCUAACUGGUUAUGACUCAUAACCAGUUAGCCUUUACAUAAUAAUGGCUAUAUUAUUACAGCAUGUAUUCAUGGUUUUUACGAAUGGUUCCUAUAGGGAGAAACUGUUCAUAUAUCAAAGUACAUAAGAGCAAUUUCUUUUAAGUUUAAGUUGUUGAACUGUUUUUCCUUAGGCUUCUGCCAAGAAAGUUGUUGUUUCUUCCCUGAAUAAAGAAGGUUGUUAUUAACGCUGUCUCUCCUUCUCAUGGACAAGGUGAAAAAGGCUGGAAGGAGAAGGAGAACAAAAAGCUACAAAAAAGGAGAGGAGAAAGAUAACUAGAAGUUGAAGUUGAAUGAGACUAUUAUGGUACGUAUGUGUUUUUGUGAUUACAUGGAGGAAGACUUAGACUUUAACAUUUAUAAAAGAAAUCGAAUUAGUGCCAGUAAAAUUAAUCAGCAUAUAUAUCACACUAUCUAUAUUAUAUCAACGACUCUCCUAAAUAGCAUCAAUUGUAUUUGUUUUUAAAAGACAAAAGGUUAAAUGCAAAAGCAUACUUUGUUGAUCAUUGCACCGACUUCACACAACGUAAGCAUACUGUAUGUGAUCAAGGGGCUGUAAGCAUAAUAUCUGCCCAUUCAACUUGACCCCAAACUUCAUUAUAACGACCACAAUGUUUUUUAAGCAAUAUCACAGCACACCAAAUCCGGGAGGUACCAAGGAAAGGAUACAGCGCAGGACCAACCCAAAAGAUUACGAGUUUUCCACCAUAACUUCCUAUUUCCACUCCAAGUUCACGACUAAAAUGCCGACAGUGUUCAGUCAAACCUCUCACUAAUCUCCACUUUCGACACUUUGUGUCAUACCACCAACAUUCACGUUGAUCAUAAGAGUACCAUACCUCAGCUAUCUUAGAGAUACUCUCACCAAAGUUUGCACGAUAAACUUCCCACCUACAUUUUUUUAACAAGAUA